AUGACCUGUCCUAGUAGGGUUAAAGCACGUCAACCAAGUAUUUGGGAGAUUGCAUCUGACUUGACGUUUGCUAGCAAUUACACGCACCAGCGCACAGACCUGCACGUAAAGGAGCGUAAAGUAAAGAGUGUAGCGCUAGUCUGCUUGCAGUUUUGUUCAAAGUGUAAGAUAAAAUUCACUUUACUCUCUGAGAAAAUAUGUUUAUGUCAUUACGAACCAGUUUUCUUUUUUCUCUUUUUUCCACAGCUUGCCCCUUCCCUUCCAUUACAAGAAGAUUUUGUUUACCACUGGAAAGCAAUCACCCAUUACUACAUAGAGACUUCAGAUGACAAAGCUCCUGUGACCGACACCAACAUUCCUUCUCACUUGGAACAAAUGUUGGAUAUUCUAGUUCAAGAAGAAAACGAGAGGGAAUCAGGUGAAACAGGGCCAUGUAUGGAAUAUUUGCUACAUCACAAGAUUUUGGAGACGCUCUACACACUAGGGAAAGCUGAUUGUCCUCCAGGAAUGAAACAGCAAGUUUUGGCUUUCUAUACAAAACUUUUAGGAAGAAUACGACAGCCUCUGCUUCCCCAUAUAAAUGUGCAUAGGCCAGUGCAGAAAUUAAUCAGGCUAUGUGGUGAAGUUCUGGCAACACCAACAGAAAACGAAGAAAUUCAGUUUCUCUGUAUAGUAUGUGCAAAGCUGAAACAGGAUCCAUACCUGGUCAACUUCUUCCUUGAGAAUAAGUUAAAAGCGAUGGCUUCCAAAGGAUCAGCAAGUGUAAUCACAGAAGACAUGCUAAAAGGCCAAGAUUCUUUGACAACAGACACAGGACAGCCCAUUCAACCGGAAGAAAUACCUGCUUCUGCUGGAGCAGAGCAAAUGGAGAAAGAAGAUGACCUCCCUCAACAGGCGGACGAUCUGUCUUUCAGUCUGGAUGAACUAAAUGUCACAUCAUCAUCUGAGUCCUCAACCGUUCGUCCAAAUCAAGACUAUAAUUUAGUGAAUUCUCUGCUAAAUCUCACUAAAAGUCCAGAUGGCCGGAUAGCAGUGAAGGCCUGUGAAGGCCUCAUGCUCUUGGUGAGUUUGCCAGAGCCAGCAGCUGCCAAGUGCCUGACUCAAAGCACUUGUUUAUGUGAGCUGUUGACAGACAGGCUGGCCACCCUCUACAAAGCCCUGCCUCAGUCACUGGAUCCUUUAGACAUUGAAACGGUGGAGGCAAUUAACUGGGGUCUGGCUUGCUACAGCCACAAAGAAGAUGCAUCUGCUUUUCCAGGGAAAAGAGCCCUAAUCUCAUUUCUUUCAUGGUUUGACUACUGUGAUCAACUCAUCAAAGAAGCACAAAAGACUGCUGCUGUUGCUAUGGCAAAAGCUGUGCGGGAUCGAUUUUUUGUUGAUGUUAUGGAACCCCAGCUGAUACAAACCUCAGAGAUUGGAAUCCUCACAUCAACGGCACUAUUGCAUCGCAUUGUUCGUCAAGUGACUUCAGAUGUCCUUCUGCAGGAAAUGGUUUAUUUUAUACUUGGAGAACACAGAGAGCCAGAAACUUUGACAGACAUCAACAGACAUCCGUUGCGACAUAGGUUAAUCGAGCACUGUGAUCAUAUUUCUGACGAGAUCAGUAUAAUGACUUUAAGAAUGUUUGAGCACCUUUUGCAAAAACCCAAUGAGCAUAUUCUUUAUAAUUUGGUUCUGAGAAAUUUAGAAGAAAGAAACUAUAUGGAAUACAAGCCUUUCUGUCAGGAAGAUAAAGAUGUGGUAGAGAAUGGACAGAUUGCAGGAGCAGUAGACCUAGAGGAAGAUCCAUUAUUUACUGAUCUGUCUCCAGAUAACACGCUGUCAACUCAAGAGUGGCUCAGUGCUUCUCCACCUGUCAGUCCAGAACAUCCGAAAAAUGAUGGGAAAACUGAAGUUCAUAAAAUUGUAAAUAGUUUUCUCUGUCUUGUACCUGAUGAAGCUAAGUCCUCAUACCACGUGGAGGGUACAGGUUAUGACACUUACCUCAGAGAUGCCCACAGACAAUUCCGGGAUUAUUGUGCCAUCUGCUUACGAUGGGAGUGGCCUGGAUCUCCCAGAUCUUUGGAAAAGUGCAAUUUAGAAGCAUCGUUUUUUGAAGGACACUUCUUGAAGGUCCUGUUUGAAAGAAUGGGCAGGAUUCUUGAUCAGCCCUAUGAUGUAAAUUUACAAGUUACGUCAGUGUUGUCCAAACUCUCCUUGUUUCCCCAUCCUCACAUACAUGAAUAUCUUUUGGAUCCUUAUGUAAACCUAGCCUCUGGCUGUAGAUCUCUCUUCUCUGUUAUUGUCAGGGUUGUUGGGGACCUCAUGGUUAGAAUCCAGCGCAUCCCAGAUUUCACUCCCAAACUUCUGCUGGUCAGAAAACGCCUGCUGGGCUUGGAGCCUGAAGGGCCCAUCAUUGACCACAUGACGUUGCUAGAGGGCGUGAUUGUGCUGGAAGAAUUCUGCAAAGAGUUGGCAGCGAUUGCGUUUGUGAAGUACCAUGCCUCAUCUACACCAUAAGCAGCUUUGAGUGGCGAGGCUGUAAAAUCACCUAGCCUGUUUCACUCAAAAAGACUGUUGACAAAACCCAGAUAAAAAGAGGUGGCACCUCAUGGCAAAGUGUCAACUGAUAUUGGGCAGAAUUGGAAGACAGGUUACUUUCACCAGUUGUGGGUGUUGGCCACCUUGCGCGAGAGAGAGAUUCAAGUGGACCUAGAAUACAACUGAAGGGAUUUCAGGAGAAACCAAUACAUAGCAUUUCUAGCCAUUGUUUGAAGAGCUGCAAAAACUGUAUGAAGAACCACAGACAUCAGACCUUCGUUAUCAUUCUGUUGUAAUGACAAUGUUUAGGGAGUUAGGUCUUUCCUAUGUUCUUGGGCUCACUUGCACCAAUUUGCUUUUUGUGACCUUAUUACUUACAAAAUGGCAAGUUAAUUUUGUAACAUUUUUAUGUCUUAACUCUUUUUCUUUUCAAUUGGAAAUAUAAGAGGAAAUCAUAACCGUAUUUGCAGUGGAUAUUACUAAAAAUGAAGCGAGGUUGAAAAGAUCCACCGUUCCAUAUACCAUGAGAUAUAUUCUUGAGGGUUCGUCUUUAUUUUGGUAAAUCGUGAAGAGAACUCUGAGCUUGAUUCCCCAGUGGAUUACUCCAGGAGCUACAUCAGUAUAAGAUCAAUACUAAUGGAAUUAACCACGAUUCAGCAUUGCAUCCAUAAAAGUAUUUCUGAAGUAUACAUGUUUCUAGCAUGUUUGUCCCUGUCUUUCCAAAUGAUCUGUCUUCAGGUCACCUGUGUAACAAGAUUUGGUUUAGGUUUCUGCAUGUCAAUUUUAGUUGCUUGACUCAUGGCAUCUUUACAGGGAAGUUAACUAUAGGUCAUCAGUAGUUGUUGCUGAAACAGUAUUUUUAACUCCUUUUAAAUAGCUAAGUUGGUUUAAGACUCUUUUGUGCCUUGAAAUUUUUCAGCAUAAACGUUCUGUCACUUUUAGAAAGGUUUUUAUUGCUUAUCUAACCCUAGCAGUAGUGCCCAGCAAAAAACUGACUGAUGCCAGUUCAGUUAAAGUGAUGAUACCAUAUGUAGGACCAAAAUUUAUGCUCUUUUUCAUAGCGCUGCGAUGCAGGGGUGUAUCUUAGAGAGUCUUUUUCAACAUGGGUACUGUCUGCCAGGCCAGGCAUCGCAAGCUGAGUACCAUUUGGACUUGAGCACGCUUAGCUUAUACUUCUCCAGGAUGGUGGCAGCCUGCACUUCGGAUAGUACUUGCUGCUCACUGCUGCGUAUGCACUAGCAGGUUCAGGAGGCUGUGCUUUAACCUUCAAAUCACGCUUAGUGGUUUUAAUGAGAGACCUGCCCUGCUAUCUGCACAGCACUGUAGUACCUCUUUAGUCUCUUAGAGAUGUUAAAGCAUAGGCAGGCAAAGUAGAGUUUAGUUCUUCAUGUUUACAUUGUGUUUCUUUGUUUGUCUUUCCUAAUGUCCUGUUUGCGCAGCUAGUGUCCAUUUCAGAUGUGAUUACUCAUAUGCAAAUAUGGACUAAUUUACUCAGUCACUAGAAUUCCUCUGUAGGUACAUGAUUGUACCUGGAAUCGGAUUCUGCCCCGAAUCCAUGACUUUGAGACCUUUUUCUUACAUUUAUGGAUUCUGGAUGUUGAGAGGAGGCCUUUUAAGUUAGCAGGUUAAUUAGAGCAGUGGCACGGUUAAUGGUCUAAAUUUAUUCCUGUCACAACAGUGAAGAGGGUCCUGCUGUAAAAGCUUCCAGUACAGGUAAGGCUGGGAAGGAAGGCUAGCUGAGAGCAGUUCUGGAAGAGAGGAAAUAUUUUUGCAGGUAAAACCUAUAUUAAAUGGCUCCCUGUACUGGGAGUAACUUCUGUUUAUACUGCUUGAUUUAUCUGGCACACAAAAGCAUUGUUUACUUCCCCACCUCCUUUUUUCCUGAAUUUAGCCCUAUAAUAUUUCCUGGUCAUAGUAACAUGGUAGGAUAAAGUUUAAAGAAUGACACCGUUUUCAUUUUUUUUCUUUAGAAAUAAGCCUUGAGAGCAGCAAAUAAUUUUUAGAGUCAUUUGUACUGCAGUCAGUCCAUUUUAGAAGCUUCAUUAAUAUAACGUAUCUGACACAUGGUUCGGAACAUGUAAAUGUCUGUGCAGAGUUAUGUUUAGUACAUAUGUUUGAUAACUUAGGUCCAAAUUCAGCAAAGCAGUUAAACAUAAGCUUAAUUUCAAGAAGCUUCCUAAAUCACAGUCACUUAGAUGGAUGAAGCUAAGCUGUGAAGCACAAAUGCUGAUGCUUUGCUGAGUUUGGGUCUUUGUUGUUUUUGCUUGAGCUUAAUUACUUUUUUCUCAGAAUUGUUAUUUUCAUUAUUUAUUUAUUUUUAAAAAUCUGUGUUCUAGAAUAUUUCUGAUGUCCCAAUUUCAGUGGAAAUUGGAAGUGAUAAUACUGCUAUAAAUGAAAGGGAAAGAAAUGUUAAACAAAUCUUUCACACAAGAGCAUUCCGAGUAAUGUAGCAAUUUAUAAAGCCAUUCAAGGGGUGACCAAUCUCAAAUGAAGUCGUUAACUUCACCCAUUUUUUUUUGUUGUUGACAUUGUCAUUGAUACCUGAGUUUGAGCUCAGUACACUGCAAGGAAUUGUAUCAGUCACUUUUCCGGAAGGACAAGCUGCAGCGUCUGUGGCAUUUUAAUGUAGAACAGUCCACCAAGGUGCAAGCACAAUCCAUUAAAGCUUGCCCAUGAAAAGAUAAGUAGAUGUAAUUAUAAGCACGCUUAAAUUCAGGAUAUACUCGUUCAGUUUCCAGAAACAUUGGGGAUGUCUUGCAAACCAAAUGUUGUUCGGCUGAUAAAUUUAUAAGAUAUGGAUCUAUCCUGAUUGAUAGCAAGAGAAACAAUGCUUAAAUUCUCUUUUGCCCAAACUGCUUAUGUGAGUGCUGCAUACAAACCCUUAAUUACCGUACCCGAUAACAAUGACCUUUUGUUUUUUUGUAAAGGUGAUUUAAUGUUCCUUAAGAGAUGGAACUCAUUUAAUUUUGUUUUGUGAUGUUUCUCGUGCACUUUUUUUGAAAAAAGGUAAAAAGUUAGUUCAGGUCCAUGUUUUCACCUUUCUAAUCUAUGCAUGUCAUUGAGGUGUCCAUUUUGUUUCUGUGUGUUUGUGUUUGUAUGUGGUUAUUUAUUACCCACAGGUGGACACCUGAGAAAUAUACGGCCUGAAGUUCACAGCAUGUGCAGAUCCUCCAGAUGUCAGUGGGAAAUGCAAGUGCUUAUAACUUUUGAAAGUAUGGCCACUAGUAUUGGAUUGAAAUACGUGAGAGGAAAUACUAGAAUAAUUUUUGGUUUCAAAAAGCAGAUCCAAACUGCGUUUUAACCCUCAUGCACGUGUGUGUAAAUAGACGCAUUUUUACUUUUAUUCCAUGUAUUGUAUGUAUUUGAUUUAGAGUCUGAUAGAGAACAUUUUGUAAUAAGCAGUGUGCUAGCUCUGGUAGAACAAGCUUGUCCGUAGUCAGUUUCUCUUACGACUGUAAUAUUCCUAGUAUUCAGAUCCUGUCUAUGUAAUGUUCUUCUUAUGUAUUUGUGCAAUAUAAAAGCUGUGAUUUGAUACACAGCUUGAGUCUGGUUGUACAUCACCUGUGUAAAUAUGUAUAAGGACCAGAAUCCCGAGCUUGCUUACACUAUGAGUAGUGUAAAGUUUGUCACACUUGAUUUUACAGGGCACAAGUAGUCAUGGAAUGGCUUUGUAAAUGCAUGGUAAUUUCUUACCAUAACUUGCAAUAUGAAAUCACAGAUACCAUUUUAUUAGCACUGGUUGUCUUGCUAAAACUGAAGUGCUAGGUAAAAAUCUAUGGAAUAUGUAAUAGACUUUGGGUUUUAUGAAAAACUGUAUCUGGUAUUGCAUAUCAUACAGCGUUUUCAUACCAUAAUCCUCAGUACCUUCUGUGCCCUGUAAAAUAGUGUAACUAUAUAAAAAAUAUACUCCUUGUUUUGCCUCCUGCCUUGUUUACAUUAAACAGAGGAUAUUCAGUAAAAUUUUUCUAUUGAACUUUGUGUAGGUCACUGACUGACAGUGUUGCCAAGGUUUCACAAUUGUGGGAUUUCCAAUGAGGAAUUGUUGAAACAGCCACAUUACCAAACAUACACAAUUAAGUUUUACAAAGGAGGCUGUGAUAAAAUCCAAUUUUUGUGCUUAAAAUCGCAUGCAGGAUUAAAAGGGAUAUUCUCAAAAUAAAUUAAUUUAAAUGAA